UCUCUUUCUGUUCGUUCGUAUAUGCGUUAGCUUACAUAGUUGACUUUUAUGACCUUAUUAAUUUCUGAAAAUGAGCUGUAUAGCGAAACUACCUACUAAGCAGUGGGUGAAUGAAGCUUUCGGAAAAAAUUCAAAGCUAGUAGUUCUGUUUUUAUCUCGAGGAAAAAGCACUUCUGCUAGUAAAGAUUUCGGUGAAGGUGUUGAAGCAAGAUUGGUCCUUGAGAAUGGAGAAACAUUCAAAGGCUGGUCUUUCGGCGCAGAAAACUCGAAAUCUGGAGAAAUUGUUUUCAACACUGGACUUGUUGGGUAUCCGGAAAAUCUGACGGAUCCUUCAUAUGCUGGCCAAAUAUUGAAUCUAACCUAUCCUAUCAUCGGGAAUUAUGGAGUCCCUGACACGAAAGCUCGUGAUAAAUGGGGAUUGCUUAAGAACGUAGAAUCCGAGAAAAUACACGUAUCCGGGUUGAUUGUUCAAGAUUACUCUCGACAUCCAAGUCACUGGAAUAUGGCGAAAACAUUAUCUGACUGGCUGAAAGAAGAAAAUGUUCCUGCUUUGUGGGGAAUCGAUACAAGAAUGCUGACAAAAAUUAUACGAGACGGCGGAUCAAUGUUGGCGAAAAUUGAAUUUGAUGGUCAAACCUGUGAUUAUUUUGAUCCGAAUUAUACGAAUAUGCAAAAAGGUCUAUCUAUCACGACCAAAAAAGUUUAUGGCAGAGGAAACAAGUAUAAAGUUAUUGUUGUCGAUUGUGGAGUAAAACAUAACAUUAUAAGAUGUUUGAUAGAACGUGAUGUGGAAGUUCAUUUGGUGCCCUGGGAUUAUGAUUAUACUGAAGAAGAAUACGAUGGUUUGUUCAUUACAAACGGACCGGGUGAUCCCGAAAUGGCCCCUGAGACUAUCACUCAUAUGAGGAAGAUUUUGGACAUGAAAAGACCAGAACCUGUGUGUGGAAUAUGCAUGGGAAAUCAGAUUUUAGGAUUAGCAGCUGGCGGAGAUUGCUACAAGUUAGCUUUGGGUAAUCGUGGACAGAAUCAACCGGUCAUAAAUUUACUGACUGGAGAAGCAAUUAUAACCCCACAGAACCAUGGAUACGCAGUGGAUAGCAAUUCACUUUCCGAUGAAUGGAGACCAUUGUUCGUGAAUGCCAAUGAUCUAACAAAUGAAGGCAUAAUGCAUACCGAGCGUCCGAUAUUCACUUCUCAGUUUCAUCCAGAAGCAUGUGGUGGGCCUACGGACACGAAAUUCCUAUUCGACUAUUUUGUUGAUAUGAUGAAAGAUCGAAAUGCGAGUCUGUACUCGUUAACGGCAAAUUCUUCAAAAAAUAUUGAAAGAAUAAAUGUUAAGAAAGUUUUGGUUCUUGGAUCAGGUGGAUUAUCUAUUGGACAAGCUGGUGAAUUUGAUUAUUCUGGAUCACAAGCUUUGAAAGCUUUGAAAGAAGAAAACAUCGAGACGGUGUUGAUGAAUCCCAAUGUUGCUUCAGUGCAAACCAACGAAAUCGGAGAUAAACAGGCUGACUGGGUUUAUUUUCUCCCGGUCACAAAAGAAUUUAUCAAGAAAGUCAUUUUGGAACAGAAGCCAGACGGUAUCCUGUUAUCCAUGGGAGGCCAAACUGCGUUGAAUUGCGGUGUGGAACUUUAUAAAGAAGGAUUUUUGCAAGAACAUGGAGUAAAGGUUCUUGGAACAUCAGUUGAGAGUAUAAUGGCGACAGAAGAUAGACAAACAUUUGCUGAUAAACUGAAUGAAAUUGGAGAAAAAAUUGCUCCAAGUGUUGCAGUUGAAUCGUUGGAAGAUGCUUUGAAGGCCGCGGAAAAAAUUGGAUACCCUGUUAUGAUUAGAUCUGCAUAUGCGCUUGGUGGACUAGGAUCUGGCAUCUGUAAAAAUCCUGAGGAGUUGAAAUCCAUGGCACACAAUGCAUUUGCAGCAACAAACCAGAUAUUGGUUGAAAAAUCACUUCUUGGAUGGAAAGAAGUUGAAUAUGAGGUGGUACGGGAUGCUGCUGAUAACUGCAUCACAGUAUGUAACAUGGAAAACUUUGAUCCACUUGGUGUCCAUACUGGUGAAUCUAUUGUGGUCGCUCCAAGUCAAACGUUAUCAAAUGAGGAAUAUCAUAUGCUACGAGAGACCGCGAUCAGAUGUAUCAGACAUCUUGGAAUCGUUGGAGAGUGCAAUAUUCAAUAUGCACUUGAUCCAAACUCGUUGGAAUAUUGUAUUAUUGAGGUGAACGCCAGACUUUCUCGAAGUUCUGCUCUGGCAUCUAAAGCUACUGGGUAUCCGUUGGCCUUCAUCGCAGCAAAAUUAAGUCUUGGAAUCACUCUUCCAGAAUUGAAGAACGCCACGACAGGAACAACAACCGCCUGCUUUGAACCAAGUUUAGAUUACAUUGUGACGAAAAUACCGAAAUGGGAUCUUGAUAGAUUUCCAGAAGUUCCAAAAGAGAUCGGAAGUUCGAUGAAAAGUGUCGGGGAGGUGAUGGCAAUUGGUAGAACAUUUGAAGAAAGUUUUCAGAAAGCACUCAGGAUGACUCAUCCUUCUGUUGAUGGAUUUACUCCGGAGUUACCUUCCGGAAAAUCUUGGCCUGCUAAUCAAGAUUUGACAAAAGAAAUUCAGGUUCCCCACACAAACCGAGUUUACUCGAUUGCCAAAGCGUUGGCCGAUGGUUGGUCUGUGGAUGCACUGCACAAGCUUUCUGCCAUCGAUAAAUGGUUUUUAUACAAGUUGAAAAGAAUCUUUGAUGUUUCUGAUGAUUUGAAACAGCAAUGGGAGUCAAGCUGGCCUUCAAACGAGGCUAAAAGGUCUUUGCAGCGAGCAAAAGAGGCGGGGUUUUCUGAUAAACAAAUAGGCAAAUUAAUCGGUGUAUCUGAAUCCGAUGUUCGAAAGGCCAGAUUGAGUGAAGGAAUCGAACCAUGUGUAAAGCAAAUUGAUACAAUGGCUGCCGAAUAUCCUGCACAGACUAAUUAUUUAUACAUGAGUUACAAUGGAACAGAGAAUGAUCUGGAUUUCAACGAACAUGGCACCAUGGUACUUGGUUGUGGUCCUUAUCAUAUUGGAAGCAGUGUUGAAUUUGAUUGGUGUGCUGUUUCUGCUAUUCGUACUUUGAGAGAUCUUGGAUUGAGCACCGUGGUUGUCAAUAACAAUCCAGAAACAGUCAGCACUGAUUUUGAUGAAUCUGAUCGGCUUUACUUCGAAGAAUUGUCUCUGGAGAGAGUUUUGGAUAUAUACGAACGGGAGAAAAGCACUGGAGUUAUUGUGUCAGUCGGUGGACAAAUCCCGAACAAUUUGUCUGGACCUUUGCAUGACAAUGGUGUAAAUAUACUUGGUACUCAUCCAUUCCGAAUCAACGAGGCAGAAGAGAGAUCAAUAUUCUCAAAAAUAAUGGACGAACUCGGUGUCGACCAAGCCCCGUGGGCUGCUUUACAUACAAAAGAAGAUGCGAUGGAAUUUGCGAAAAAUGUUGGAUUUCCUUGUCUUCUCCGUCCAUCUUAUGUUCUUAGUGGUUCCGCAAUGAACGUCGCUUACACAAAAGGACAACUGGAGAAAUAUCUCACCGAAGCAACUAGAGUGUCGCCGGAGCAUCCAGUUGUUAUCACCAAAUUCAUUCAACCAGCGAAUGAAGUCGAAAUGGAUGCAGUAGCACAGAACGGUCACGUGGUAGCACACGCAGUCAGCGAACACAUCGAAAAUGCGGGAGUACAUUCUGGCGAUGCUACUUUAGUUUUGCCUUCCAGAACAGUUGAAAAAGAAGCUUUGGAUAAGAUUCGAGAUGUCACCUCGAAAAUAGCUCAAAGAUUUGAAAUCAGUGGACCAUUUAACAUUCAAUUCCUGGUUCAAGGAUCAAAGGUUAUGGUCAUAGAAUGCAAUCUUCGAGCAUCGAGAAGUCUCCCUUUCGUAUCUAAAACAAUUAACACGGAUAUGAUUGGAGUUGCAACUAAGGUAAUGCUGGGACUACCACUAGACUAUGGACAGCUACCCCAUUUAGGUGCACCAGUAACUAACAGAGGAUACGUAGGAGUGAAAUCACCUAUGUUUUCAUGGGCUAGACUUAAAGGAGCGGACCCUGUUCUUAAAUGCGAAAUGUCUUCGACCGGUGAAGUUGCAAGCUACAGUUCUAAUUUCCAUCAUGCAUUUUUGAAGUCCAUGAUUUCAGCUGGAUUUAAAAUUCCAAAGAAAGGAAUUAUGUUAAAUAUAGAGAGAGAUUUUCAAGAAUCUUUUGCAGAAGCUGCAGGAAAAUUUGCGAACUUAGAUUAUAACUUGUAUGCUUCUAAAAAUACCAUGGAAUAUUUGCUGAAGAUGGGAAUUGAAGCAAAGUAUAUUGGACAUGACAACACCGAGAGUUUUCUGCGAGAUGGGAGCGUCGACCUCGUUGUGAAUUUAUCUCAUAAUAAUCAGCAAAAUAAGGACAAUCAAAAUGAUAAUUAUAAACUAAGAAGAGUUGCAAUCGACAACAACAUUCCACUUCUUACUAAUCCACAGAUUGUCAGCUGCUUAGCUGAUGCGCUUGAAUCAACCAAAAACAGCGAGCUAGAUACAGCCACCCUCUUCCACUUCAGAAGAGAUGCUGCUGCCAACAUCGGCGAGGUCGACGAAGACGUCGCUUCCAAAAUGUGGAAGCGACAAAUGCAAUCAUAACUCUUUAAGUUCCGCUGCCAAUAGGAUAGCAUAUACAUAAUAAUAUCAAUUUUAUGAUAAAACUCGUUGCAUUCAUAUAUUGCAACGUAUGGGCUUAGCCUUAGAUCAUUGAAAUAUGCCACAUUUGUGCCACAUUUGUACAGAUUUGUUUUAUGUUGUGAAUUAUGAGACAAGACGUCUGAAAAAAUAUUGCGUUUGUGUGUAGUUAUAUGUUACUGGUUGGUGUGAAAUAUAUCAAGUAUAUCCGGAAA